AUGACGCUGGAUUCCUGCAAGAAUUGUCAUGUUGCCUUCAAAUGCCAGGAAUGUCAAGCGUGGAACCACUCGAACCAAACAUGCAAGUUCUACCAGCUAUUUUCGAGCGAGGAGCUUUUCGCUGUCGACUUGUUCAAUGAGACUGGAGAUGUCAUUAAAAAGUCACCAGUGCCAGUGCCAUCAAAGAAUUUUACGGAAAUGGCAUCGCUGAACGGGUGGUUUGACUACUUCAAAAAGCUGCAUGGCAGACAAGAGAUCGGAGCAUUUGUUGAACCAAAUAACUUUGGCUUCGCCCCCGGCCUUGGUGCCUCGAUGUCUGCCAGGAGCAGCAAAGGAAUCGAGAAAAUCUAUUUGAACUACUGGGCUGGGCUAAGAGCGGCCACGGGCGCUGGAAGCAUAAGCAUGACCAUAGCCAACGCACUGUACGUCGGGCUGCCGGACCUGCGUGCGAAAACGUCGCUUCUCAUUCACAUCGUGGGGGCGGCAUCCAGGGAAUAUGGGGUGAUGAUGAUGUUCGAGGAGAUACUGCACCUCUUCCCAAAUUUGAGGAUUAUCAAAACAGUCCUGGUCGGCCCUCAGACUCCAAAGAACACCGGCAGAGAUGGCAAGGGCGAAAGCCUUGGCUUUGUGGAGCACGAUUGCUGCCCACAGUGCGCUGCGCAGGGACGCGAGCGUUUCGUCGCAUUGUAUCGGGGCUCGUACCACGACUUCGCGAAGAUCGAACAAUUUUCUAAGCCGGACCUCGCGGUUCUCUUCCACAGUGGUCGGACGCAGUGCGAGGUCGAAUCAUGGGCGCCAACGAUUCGGUUUCUCGUUGAUCAAAAUAUUGUAACUGCUUGUACGACGUAUACGAAACGUGAGGCUAUGGAAGAAGUUGUCCAGCUAAAGAGAGAUCUAGAUGCCAACAUCAUCCAGCGAUUUGAAGAAAACAAAUGGAAGUCGCUGGUUCCAUUGCUUGAAACAGGGGAUGGCGCUGAGCAUAGUGUCUACUAUGGGGAUUACUACUGGUACAUGUUUAGGGGCAGAGCUUGA